AAGUGUUGAUGAUGAGUAACCUCUAAUCGCCCCAAGCGACCGCAUUCCCGGAUCCUCCGCUUUUGCUGAUAAAAACGAAUUCAACCCCGUAAUCUCAAAUCUCAUCCCAUCCAGGUUUUGGUACUACCGCUGAUUGGGUUUCUUGAUUCAUUGGAGUUAAGAAGAAGAAGAAGAAUCGAAGAUGGAGGGUGGCGGGAUUCUAUCUGCGACCGACCAGCAAACUAUGGUCUCUUCUUUUCUUGAAAUUGCGGUUGGCCAGACUGCCGAUACUGCCAGGCAGUUCUUACAGGCCACAAGCUGGAAGCUUGAAGAAGCUAUCCAACUUUUUUAUGUAGGACAUGAUGGUGGAGCAGCUGCACUAUCUCCGUAUGUUCCACCACUGGAAAAUGAUGGGGUUUUGCCGAACCCAAGCACAGGGGGCUCAGAGAAUCACAUGGGAUCCGAAAAUAUCAGAGAAAAUGAUAGCAGUGAAGUUCGUGCACCUCUACCAGUGAAAAGGGAUGUUCUUUAUGACACCCCAAUGCUCUAUGGAGCAACAAGAUUGGGAUAUACUCCACAUGAAGCUCGUACAGUGGUUCCCUUCCGCAACUUUGACGAGGAACUAAAACGUCCUGGAGUAUGGGAAACAGACCAAGGUGCUACAUCGACAACUGAUGCUUCUCGAGAUAAUCUCGCUACCUUAUAUCGCCCUCCUUUUGGUUUGAUGUACCAUGGUCCAUUUGAGAAGGCAAAAGAAGCUGCUAAAACCCAAGACCGAUGGCUUCUAGUGAACUUGCAAUCUACCAGGGAAUUUAGCUCACAUAUGCUUAACCGAGAUACCUGGGCCAAUGAAGCUGUUGCUCAAACAAUCACUUCCAAUUUCAUCUUCUGGCAGGUAUGUGAUGAUACAGAAGAUGGCAGCAAGAUAAAAACGUACUACAAAUUGGAUUCUGUUCCUGUAACUCUUGUCAUUGAUCCUGUCACGGGUCAAAAAAUGCGCUUAUGGCGUGGAAUGGUUCAACCAGAAAACUUGUUGGAGGAUCUGUUGCAAUUCAUGGAUGGUAGCCCGAAGGAUCAUCAUUUCAGCUUGUCCCAUAAACGUCCAAGAGAAAAUUCUCAGGCUCCACCUCCCAAAAUUCAAGCUAUGCCAGUAGUUGCAGAUGGAACAAGUGAAGAAGAUGAAGACAUGCGGCUGGCACGAGCAUUAUCUAUGGAGACAACAAAAGAUCGCGUUGGAGAAUCCUCAAAAGAUUCAGAUGCUGUCAUUAAUACCAAAAAAGAGAUCCCAAAAUCCGAGAAACAUAUUUAUCCACCGUUGCCUGAAGAACCCAAGGGUGAUAGGAAUUUGCUUUGCAGGGUUGGAGUCCGUCUUCCAGAUGGACGCAGGCUUCAGAGGAACUUUUUACGCUCCGAUCCAAUACAAUUGCUGUGGUCGUUCUGCUAUGGGAACCUCGAGAAUGGGGAUGAAAAGCGGUUCCGUUUGAGUCAUGCAAUCCCUGGUGCGGUGACGGUUCUCGACUAUGACAGCAAGUCGACGUUUGAGGAGUCGGGUCUCUCCAGUUCCAUGAUUUCAGUUACUUGGGAAUGAAAUCAAAUGAAAUGAAAGUGGUAUGAUCUUGAAUUGAAUAGUUUUUGGUGGUUUUGACUUCUAGAUUCUCUACCUUUUUAGAUGGAUUAUGCCCUAUUCACUUGUUUAUCUAUAUAUUCUCUGGUGUUUAUGUAUGUAUAUAUAUGGUCAUAUACCAUCCAUACUUGAUUAGUAAGGAAUUGAUGCUUUUCUUGUUUCUA